AUGUGGGCUCUCCUAAGGUUCGGGCUCUCCACUACAGUGGCCAACGAAAGGCUGGUCGAGCAGAUCGAGGCCGUGGUCGGCGAGUUCCUGGAGCUUGUCAAGGUGGUGACCUGGAGGGCAAGGCUGAGCUUCCUGCAGACGCAGGAGGGUGCCAUCGCACCGCUGGUUGUGCUGGCCCUGGUGGUCUUCGCGGUCUUGACCGGUGACACCUGGCUGGUUGGAGAGGUGCUGCUGAUCUUGCCGUUUCACUUGCUGGCCUGGUCCACAAUCACUCCCGGAGCAGACCCAUCGGAACUCCGUGAGACUCUGGAAAUCACAUCUGAUGAGACGUUGCCUUGUGAGAGGUACAUCUCUUUUCGGCUGCCUCGUGCGGAGCAGUUGCGCGCGAUCGCCAAGGUGCAGCUUCUCGUCUUCUCGUGUAUCGUAGCUCUUGAGCCAAGUGCCCAAAUCUUCCCCUUCCUAUCCAACGUGCACUUUUGUGUAGCCGAGUGUAGCCGAGUCCCGAGCCUGUUUGCCUAA